CCCUCGCCAGCUCGCCGUAGAAAAACAAACAAAAUGGCGUCCUGUGCGGAUGUUCACGUCCGAAUCUGCGGACAAGAAAUCAUCAGGUUCGACCUGGAGAUCAAAGCUCUGCUGCAGGACAUCCGGGACUGUCCCGGUCCCCAGUCUGUCCUCACAGAGCUCAACGGACGCGUCAAAGACAAGUUCACCAGGCUGAGGCUCCGCAUCCAGGAUCUGGAGCAGAUGUCCAGAGAGCAGGACAGAGAGACGGACAGACUGUCCAUCCUGGCAGAGACGGAGAGUCAGAGGAAGCAGAUGCUGAGUAACCAGACGGCGUGGAGGAAGGCCAACCUGGCGUGUAAACUCUCCAUCGACAACACGGAGAAAGACGAGCUGCUGCGAGGAGGAGACAGCCACGGAGCCAGACAGAGGAGGAGCACCUCCUCCCUGGUGGAGACCUCCAGCAGCAUCACAGAGACUCUGAUGUCAGUCAGCAGGAUGAUGGCGGAGCAGGUGAAGCAGAGCCAGGACACCAUCGGCACUCUGGCCACCUCCUCCCGGACGGUGCAGGAGGCGAACGAGGAGUUGAGGAGCAUGACAGGGACGAUCCAUGUGGGGAGGAAGCUGAUCCUGAAGUAUAACCGUCGUGAGCUGACAGACAAGCUGCUCCUCCUCUUGGCUCUGGCUCUGUUCCUGGCCACGGUGCUCUACCUCCUCAAGAAGCGCCUCCUCCCCUUCAUCUAGACCUGCACCUCCACCUGGACCUGGACCUGCAGAUACCAGCACCUCCUCCUGGACCCGUUGGAGCUGCAGCGUCUCCUCGUCUGGAAACGUCUCAUCAACAUGAAGAUCCACCAGAGAACUAAAAUACAGAUCAGAGACAGUCAGAAAAACACCUCCUCCUGCUGCACCUCCUCCUGUCAUCUGACUCCCACUCUCACCUCCUCCUCCUGCAUCUGUACCUCCUCCUCCUGUUGCACCUCCUCCCCUUACACCUGCACCUUCUCCUCUUACACCUGCACCUCCUCCUCUUGCUGUUGCACCUCCUCCCCCUGUUACACCUCCUCUUCUUUCAUCUGCUCCUCCUCUUGCACCUCCUUCUCUUGCAUCUGCACUUCCUCAUCUUACACCUGCACCUCCUCCUCUUACACCUCCUCCUGUUGAUCACAUUUGUACUAAUUA